AUGGAUGCAGCGCCGUAUAGAAGACGCAUGGAGGAGUCCUCUGGCCCUGCAGCCUCCCCUGAGCUGGUCAAUCGACUAAGUGAAAGUCGCUCUCCAUAUGUCCGCGGCCACAUGAAUAACCCGGUAGCAUGGCAGCUAUGGGAUUCUACGGCCAUGAAUCUAGCAAAGGAUUUCAAUCGUUUGAUAUUCCUGAGUAUUGGCUAUUCAGCCUGUCACUGGUGCCAUGUCAUGGAGAAGGAAUCAUUCAUGUCCCUUGAGGUCGCUGCUAUACUUAAUAAAUCUUUUAUUCCAAUCAAGCUGGACCGAGAGGAGAGACCGGACAUUGACGAUGUGUACAUGAAUUACGUCCAAGCUACGACAGGCUCCGGAGGCUGGCCUCUAAAUGUCUUUCUCACUCCUGACCUCGAACCUGUAUUUGGAGGCACUUACUGGCCAGGACCGAACGCAACUCCGCUGCCAAAACUGGGUGGAGAAGAACCAGUUGGUUUCAUCGAUGUGCUGGAGAAGCUGCGAGAUGUCUGGAACACGCAGCAGUUAAGGUGUCGAGAGAGCGCAAAGGAAAUCACCCGCCAACUUCGUGAAUUUGCUGAAGAAGGCACCCAUUUGGCACAGGCCAACAAAAAAGAGCAAAUGGAAGACCUGGAGAUCGAGCUGCUGGAAGAAGCCUUUGUGCAUUUUGCAGCUCGUUAUGACGCAACGAAUGGCGGGUUUUCAACUUCUCCAAAAUUCCCCACACCAGUUAAUUUGUCAUUCCUACUUCGUCUGUCAAGAUAUCCAGAAGAGGUCAUGGAUAUCGUUGGCCGUGAGGAGUGCACCAAAGCUACUGAGAUGGCUGUAAACACAUUGAUCAAGGUGGCACGGGGUGGUAUUCGAGACCAAAUUGGUUAUGGCUUCUCGCGGUAUAGCGUCACUCCGGACUGGAGUCUACCACACUUUGAGAAAAUGUUGUAUGAUCAAGCACAGUUGCUCGACGUCUAUAUUGAUGGAUUUGAAGCCAGCCAUGAGCCGGAACUUCUGGGAGCCAUCUAUGAUCUAGUCACUUAUAUUACAAGUCCUCCAAUUCUAUCACCCAUGGGAUGCUUCUACUCGUCCGAAGACGCAGAUAGCCAACCUAGCCCCGACGAUACGGAUAAGAGAGAAGGUGCCUAUUACGUAUGGACGCUUAAAGAAUUGAAACAAAUACUGGGCCACCGUGAUGCUGAUGUCUGUGCGCGCCACUGGGGGGUUCUACCAGACGGAAAUGUGGCGCGUGUUAACGACCCCCACGACGAAUUUAUGAACAGGAACGUCCUAAGGAUUGCUACGACCCCUGCUCAGGUUGCAAAGGAGUUUGGACUCCACGAAGAAGAAACGAUACGGAUCCUAAAGAACUCCAGAGUGAAACUACGAGAGUAUAGAGAGACGAAAAGGGUACGGCCUGAAUUAGAUGAUAAAAUAAUUGUAUCAUGGAAUGGGCUCGUGAUCGGUGCACUGGCGAAAUGUGCAAUACUGCUGGAAGAUAUCGACGCCGAAAAGUCAAAACACUGCAAGCUUAUGGCUAGUAACGCAGUCAAGUUUAUCAAGGAGAAUCUGCUCGAUGCCGAAUCUGGCCAGCUAUGGCGGAUCUACCGUGCCGAUUCCAGGGGAAACACGCCUGGAUUCGCAGAUGACUAUGCCUAUCUCAUAUCUGGAUUAAUUCAACUCUAUGAAGCCACCUUUGAUGAUUCCUAUUUACAAUUUGCCGAUAAAUUGCAACAAUAUCUCAACAAAUAUUUCAUAUCUGUGUCCACGAGCGAUAGCAGUAUCUGCACAGGGUACUACAUGACCCCCUCUGAGGCGGUGACCAACACACCUAGUGCCCUCUUCCGUCUCAAGACGGGAACGGACUCUGCGACGCCUUCAACCAACGGCGUCAUCGCCCAGAACCUGCUGCGGCUAUCCUCGUUACUAGAGGACGAGUCAUACAAGGUCAAGGCCAGGCAAACAUGCAACGCCUUUGCCGUUGAGAUAAUGCAACAUCCUUUCCUCUUCGUUGGCAUGUUGGAUGUCAUCGUUGGUCUCGAGAUAGGCACGAAGAGUAUAACAGGUGUUCUGGGGUCCACAGAAGCAGCGACGGGAGAGGACAGCUCAAAGCCCGAGAGAGAUUUGAUACGGAAAAUACGUACUGAAGCAGGUGGUACGGCAUCAACUAGUGCCACGGUUCUCUCCAUGGUCGAUGUUCGUGCCACUGAUUUACGGACAAACAAGUCUGAAUGGCUUCGGGGGCGAAACUCACUGUUUAAAGACCUUUCAUCAGGAAAAAACUUUUUGCUUGUCUGUGAGGCAGGAUCUUGUCGAACAGUCGAUAUUGGGCUGGAAGCCGCCUAG